AUGGUUCUUCAGCAAGGAGGCAAGCUACUAUACGACGAUGUAGCAAAUGCGGUAGUACUUUACAUAAUGCACGAACUUUGGGUCCAGUGGUCGCAAAAGGACUGGGACAACUGGGAGCCCUGGGACGUAUAG